AGUCCAAAGUGUCAAUUCUUAAUCGAUCUCUUUGAUUCGACAAUUCACAAAACCCGGAAAAGAAGUAGAAUAAAGCUUUAAUCAAGCACGUUAAGUUACUUCAAUGGAAGAAAAGCCCUUAGCACCAUCAUCAUCAUCAUCUCAACCGAACAUGGUUUCUCCAUCAUCAGGCUUCAAACCAAAAUUAAACGACCAAGAUUAUAUGGAGCUGGUGUGGGAAAAUGGGCAGAUUCUCGCAAAGAGUCGAAGACCCAAGAACAACGGUUCUUUUCAAAACCGACGUACGCAGUCUCUUUUGGAUUUGUAUGAGGCCGAGUACUAUGACGGCCGCUUCAAGAAAAACAUCAAGAAUCUUGGAGACACACAAGUCGUUCCUGUGAGCGAAUCUCAGCCACGACAAAAUAAAGAUAACGAUGAACAAAUGAUUAACAAGAAGAAGUCGUCCUCCAAGAUCGAAUCUGAUCAGAGAAAUGUUUCGAAAAGCAACAAACGUGUUGCGUCAUCAACAUUGAUUGAUGAUUCUGCUAAAGGUCCAAAGAAUGUUGAGGUUACUACCUCUCCUCCUGAUGAGCAAUCUGUAGCUGUUGGAAGAUCCACUGAAUUGUAUUUUGCUUCUUCAUCCAUGUUUUCUCGAGGAACUUCUAUAGAUCAAAGUUUUUGUUCUUUGAAGAGGAACCUUGGUGACACUGAAGAAGAAGAAUCAACCUAUUUAAUUAGUAAUAAUUCGGAUGAUGAAUCAGAUGAUGAUGAGAAGACACAAGUCCAUGUCAGAACAAGAAAGCCGGCUGCUAAGAGAAAACGAAGCACAGAAGUCCAUAAGUUAUCUGAAAGAAAGCGAAGAGAUGAAUUCAACAAGAAAAUGCGUGCUUUGCAGGACCUACUACCUAGCUGUGUCAAGGACGAUAAGGCAUCAUUAUUGGAUGAGGCCAUCAAAUAUAUGAGGACCCUUCAACUUCAAGUUCAGAUGAUGAGUGUGGGAAAUGGAUUGAUAAGACCACCAACAAUGUUACCAGUGGGUCAUUAUUCUCAUCCCAUGGGUCUAGGAAUGCAUAUGGGCGCAGCAACAACACCAGUUGUACCGCAGUUUCUGCCUAUGAAUGUUCAUGGAAACGGGUUUCCAGGGAUUAACAAUGUAUCAUCACAAAUGCUAAGCUUUCUUAGUCACCCCACAGGACUAAUUCCCAACUCUCCCAUCUUUUCUCCAUUGGAAAAUUGCUCUCAGCAAUUCGUCGUGCCUUCGUGUGUUCCUCAGACUCAGGCUACUUCUUUUACUCAUCAGUUCCCAAAGUCUGCGUCCUCCUCAAACUUAGAAGAUGCAAUGCAAUUCAGAGGAAGUAAUGGUUAUUACCGCUAGCUAAACUAAAUAAAGAUUUGUAGAUAUAUAGUACGACAUGAUGUCUUUUCCAACUUAAGUUGACUUGGGAAAAAACUCAUAUUUCCAAGUAAGUUUGUAUAGUAGUCUCUGGGCAUCAGUUAGGGCCUUUGGUCUUGGAAGG